CUGUUGAGUGGCUGAUUCUGAUUGAUAAUGAAGAUGGAAAAUUUGCAUGUUUACUGCUACACGUAUAACCUAUUUUAAAGCUUAAAUGUACUGUCUUAAAUGUGAGUGCUUGAAAUAGUCUCACUUAGAGAUGUAUCAUAAGAGACGGAAUAUUUCUUUUGUUCAUUUACUAAUCGCUGCACGGGCUGUACUGUUCUUGAAUGUGAUUCAGUCUCUUAAUAUAUGUUGUUUAUAUCUAAGGUUUGUGCGUCCUCAUGUACUGUUGAGUGGCUGAUUCUGAUUGAUAAUGAAGAUGGAAAAUUUGCAUGUUUACUGCUACACGUAUAACCUAUUUUAAAGCUUAAAUGUACUGUCUUAAAUGUGAGUGCUUGAAAUAGUCUCACUUAGAGAUGUAUCAUAAGAGACGGAAUAUUUCUUUUGUUCAUUUACUAAUCGCUGCACGGGCUGUACUGUUCUUGAAUGUGAUUCAGUCUCUUAAUAUAUGUCGUUUAUAUCUAAGGUUUGUGCGUCCUCAUGUACUGUUGAGUGGCUGAUUCUGAUUGAUAAUGAAGAUGGAAAAUUUGCAUGUUUACUGCUACACGUAUAACCUAUUUUAAAGCUUAAAUGUACUGUCUUAAAUAUGAGUGCUUGAAAUAGUCUCACUUAGAGAUAUAGCAUAAGAGACGGAAUAUUUCUUUUGUUAAUUUACUAAUCAUUGAUGUUGAUAGGGCGUGACCAUUUUGUGGAACACGUAUAUGACUAAAGUAAAGUGAGAAAAAUGGUAAGCAAAUUGCCACACGAAUUCAGGAAGUAUCAGCGGAACAGGACUCAGCUACGUCACAUACUGGAGGAGACGCAACGUACACUGGAGGUGAUCAAUCUCGAGAACUUCUUCCCUGGAGAGAAUAUUAUUGAGGAGUUGCUGCCUCCUUUGACCUUGGGUAAAGUGACACACAUUCUCGAUAAAUCUCCUGCAAUUGUCGUCUUCGGACAGGACAACAAAGCUAAAGCCUCGCUAGUCAAUAAUUUACUCUCCGCUGAUAUCUUACCGUUGUCCAAUGAUUCAUGGAGAUGGGUGAAGCUCACUUACGGUCAUACGAAUCAUGUCAGUCUUACAUUAGGUUUGGAAUACGAAGUAGUCGAACGAUUACAGGCAAACGAGCAAACAUGGAGCACGCUCCCUAUCGAAGAUCUAGCAAUGUCACUAAGCGAAGAUAUCAACUGUCCAACGGUGCUCGAAGUGAAGUUGGAUCAAGCGGUAUUGAAAGAGGGUGUUCAAAUAUUUGUUGUCCCUAACGACGGCGUAGUGAAGAUCCUCGCUAAAGGUUCACUGGGAAUUUUGCCGAUAUUCCUUUACGCUCUCGGCGAGCAACCACUGACUGAGAAAAAUUUGGAAGAGUUGAGGGACCUGAAAGAUACUUAUCCGUACAAUCCGAUCUUAUUCAUAUCGUCGCUGGCGAAUAUUUCGCUGGACGGCACGGACGCCGAGUUAACUGAAUCUGAGCAACACAGUCUGCAGAGUCGAGUAGAAGUGUCACGGGAAUCGAAAAGCGACGAUAGUAUUAACAUUGACAAAAUGAAUUCACUCGGUCUGACCUGGCUGGAUCAAUUGAGCAGCCUCGGAUUUCUCGGCAUGGAGGAAUCCGUGGAGGUUCACCGAUUAACGUGGCUCGUCGGCGACCAAUACGUCAAUAAAAACUCGAGCGACCUAGUGGAUUCAUGCAAGAAAACCGACCGCAUUUUACACUUUACGCGUGGCUGCUUGCAAAGCUAUCUGAUCAACGCCAGCACUUAUUUGAACGAGAUACACACGACCAGUCUACGUAAAUUUAUUUUAAGCGCAUUUGACAUGGCACGGAAAAUACAGAUCACCCCUAGAAGAAUACAAUAUGCCCAACAAAAAGAAAACGAACUUUAUGCUAGUCUAAUGAAGGUUGUUAAUGAGCAGCAGGUGCAGUUAACCGAGUUAAUACAGUGUAUUAUCCAGGAGAUGAAGGACGGUAUAUCGGAAUCCACCAGUGAUAUUGAUAACCAGUACCAAACUGUUCCUUCCAACGAUGACGAACAAACCGAGUGGACGGUUACUGUCCGCGUCGCGACGUCGGAGGUCCAGCGAUUCGUGUUGGGCCGUUUGGGCGAGAAAGUCGCAAAGGAGCUCGUCAAUUCUGUCAAUUGUCUUCGAGAGACGUUUAUCGGGACUCUUCAACGCUGUCUAGUGAGCCUCGAAAAAACUUACGACUACGACAGCAGCCUGUUGGCCAGCGACGCUCUAAAGCAAAUACUCUCCGCGGCGUACAACGUGGAGUUGCAUAAUUCAUCGCCGUCCUUGGUGCACUCAUUCCUGGAACGAUUGAGACAGCUUUUCAAAUCAUUACCGCUACCGUGGACACCCACUCCGACACUGGACGCGGCUUGGAGGAAGAAGAUCACCAUCGAUAUCCUGAACUCGUUGUCGGCGGCGAGACUGGCGAAGGCGAUUUCCGCGCAGUUUAGAGACAAGCUGAGGUCAUCGCACGAUGCUUUCCAAACUGCGCUGAGAUCCUUGGAGAAUUAUUACUCGGGAAAGUUGGAGAGGACUGAGGAACAGAGAAUAGCCAUACGGAAAUAUCACGCGCCCAAGUUGGCCAAACUCGCGCUCGAAUCGACGUCGAUGGUGGAUGCAAUCCGUUUUGGGAUCCCCCAUUGCGGCAAGGAGAUUGGCAGGGGACAGUACGGCGUGGUAUUUGCCUGUGACGGCUGGGGCGGCGCGCCGGGACCGUGCGCGGUAAAAUCCGUUGUUCCACCGGACGAGAGACAUUGGAACGAUCUCGCUAUGGAAGUUUACUAUACUAGAUCGAUACCGGAUCACAAAAGAAUAGUGAAGCUUCGUGGAUCGGUCAUAGACCAAUCGUACGGCGGGGGAUAUGGAUUGGGCGCUGCGGUCCUCUUGAUUACUGACCGGCUGAGCCGCGACCUGUAUUGCGGCAUACAUGCCGGUCUCUCGUGGCUGGAACGUAUACAAAUAGCCAUAGACGUCCUCGAGGGAAUACGCUACCUUCAUUCGCAAGGCCUGGUCCAUCGAGAUAUCAAACUGAAGAACGUUUUACUCGAUAUAGAGAACAGGGCCAAGUUAACGGAUCUCGGAUUCUGCAUUACCGAAGCUAUGAUGUCGGGGAGUAUCGUGGGCACUCCUAUCCACAUGGCACCGGAACUCCUGUCUGGUCACUAUGACAGCAGUGUCGAUGUUUAUGCCUUUGGUAUCUUGUUCUGGUACAUAUGUGCUGGUAAGGUACGAUUACCAUACGCAUUUGAACAAUUUCAUAACAAGGAGCAAUUAUGGACCAGCGUACGAAAAGGUCUCAGGCCUGAAAGACUACCAUACUUUGACGAAGAGUGCUGGACGCUAAUGGAGCUGUGCUGGUCUGGCGAGCCGUCCAAACGUCCAUUGCUGGGUGCAAUUCAACCGGUAUUAGAGUUGAUCCAACAAAAGGCAGAAAGAGGCAAGUCCUUAGAACAACUCGACGCACUGAAACUACAAGAGACUUCAUCAUCCGAACAAAUAAAUCCUGUACUAGCAUUAGCAGAACCUAAUAAUCAAAGAGGUGCUGCACUUAGUCCGCUUCUCCCUAGACGCAAGAUUCUUAGAAUCAUGAAACCUGUUGCACCUUUUCACACGACCAAAUUUUACCAAACAGGCGUCUUCUCUAACAUGUUCGUUCAAAUGCGAGAGUUUUAGGUUGUCGGAGAGACAGGUGUCGUACUUUACACUGUUAAAUGUAGCUUUUACCGUUAUAUUUAUUGCUUGGAAUGCGCUUAAUAUACGGCUCAUACAUUCUCACAUCCGUUGAUUCCACGAUGUUACUCAAUAGUAUUUUCACAGCACAGUAUUACAGUGAUCAGCUUUAUGCAUUUAAGUUACAAGUUUUUACAGUUUUUAUCACUCUUUUGUUGGGUAUAGUGUAUCGUUUCAUUCUCCUUUUUUAUAAAGUCCCACAGACAAGUCUCAUAUAAGAUUUAACAAGGCUUAUUAAUACAAGAUGAUUGGGCCGAAGUCAUUCCAUGAUGUAUAUCAAAUGAAAUCAACAUAUAUUUUGUAGAUUAUAAUUCUUAAAUACAGUUGUGUGAAACUUUUGCAAACUUUAUUGUAGAUAUGUAUAAGCAUCUUAUGAUAUAUAAAUAUUUUUGUUACUUUUUACCAAGUUUUCUUUUUUUAUAUAAAAACAUAUUUAUUGCUGUAAAGUAUAACCAUUUUAAUUGUUAACUUCUUGAUUGUCCCUAAUUGUGACGACUGCAUGACUCUUGUUAGACUGGGAAAUAUGAAUGGUUAACCAUGAAUUGUAAUAUUGUUGAAGAAUAAAUAAAGUUUCUCACUUUCAUA